AUGGAAGGGCACAGUGAUCUUCAACAGAGGAAGCAUCAUUUGAAGUUUGUUAAUUCAUCACGGACCGUUAAAUACCCCACACGCUCGAUCCGACGCUCCACAUCUCACCUUCGCCCGAGCCGCCUCCUUAUAAUCUUGUAUCUCUCCACUUCUCUCUCUAAUCUCAAUUUCCACGAGCUUCUCUCUCUCUCUCUCUCUCUCUCUUUCUCUCUCUCUCCACCGUAUACGAUGCAACAGGGCGCGGCGGCGAAGGGCGGAGCCGAUCCUCAGACGCUGCCGCCGCCGCCGCCGCAGCAGCAGCAGCAGUGGGCGGCGAUGCAGUACCACCACGCGGCGGCGAUGAUGGUGCCGCCGCCGCAGAUGGUGGCGGCGGCGUUCCCGCCGCCGCAGUUCGCGCAGCACUUCGUGCCCUACCUGCAUCCGCCGCCGCACUACCCGGCGGCGGCGGCGGGGGGAGGCGGCGGAGGGGGUGAGGAGAACAAGUCGAUCUGGGUGGGGGACCUCCACUUCUGGAUGGACGAGAACUACCUCCAUAGCUGCUUCGGCCACACCGGCGAGGUUCUAUCGAUUAAAGUUAUUCGCAGUAAGCAAACAGGACAGUCCGAAGGAUACGGUUUUGUGGAGUUCUACACACGAGCAGCAGCUGAAAAAGUACUUCAAAGCUUCUCUGGGCACAUAAUGCCUAACACUGAUCAGCCUUUUAGGUUAAAUUGGGCAUCGUUUAGUAUGGGGGAUAGACGUGCAGAAGUUGCUUCUGAUCAUUCCAUAUUUGUCGGCGAUCUAGCAUCUGAUGUCACAGAUGCAGUAUUGCAAGAAAUAUUUGCUACUAAAUACCCAUCCGUAAAAGGUGCAAAAGUUGUCAUAGAUGCUAAUACUGGUCGUUCAAAAGGUUACGGAUUUGUAAGAUUUGGAGAUGAUAAUGAGAAGAGGCUCGCCAUGACAGAAAUGAAUGGCGUAUAUUGCUCUAGCAGGCCCAUGCGUAUCGGCCCGGCAACCCCCAGAAAAUCUUCAGGUGGUUCUGGAUCUAAUGGGUCAGGACAAUCAGAUGGUGAUCCAAUGAACACGACAGUAUUUGUUGGAGGGCUUGACCCUAAUGUCAGUGAAGAUGAUCUGAGGAAAACCUUUUCUCAGUAUGGAGACAUUGCUUCUGUAAAGAUUCCUCCUGGGAAACAAUGUGGGUUCGUGCAAUUUGUUCAGCGAAACAAUGCUGAAGAAGCAAUGCAGGGCUUGAAUGGAACAAUGAUCGGUAAGCAGACGGUGCGUCUUUCAUGGGGUCGCAAUCCAGCAAGCAAACAGUUGAGGGCUGAUUUUGGAAAUCAAUGGAAUGGUAUGUACUACGGAGCACAGCUCUAUAACGGAUAUGGUUAUGCUGCGCAAUUUCCAGAUCCGACUGUGUAUGCUGCACCUUAUGGGGCUUAUUCCUACUAUGGAAAUCAACAACAAGUGAGCUGAAGAGACAUAAUAAAAACCGGCCUAGUAGCGUCUUAUGAAAAACUUGAUGGUCUUCGGUGAGUCAAAUGUAGUAAACUAAUUAGGGUAAAAUGUAUGAAUGGUCUUGCUAUCAUGAUAUGGCUACGUGGUCCUGCACUUCUCACUUAAAACACUUUAAUCCAUGAACUUUCACAUAUGUUGCUCUUUAGUUCAUGACCGCUGAAAAAAAAAAAAAACUGUUAUUUGUUGUAAAAUAACCUUGUUAUCCUCAUUUGGGUUUAAUCUAAAAUAAGCAAAUCAUUUUACAAAAGAGCUAAAAUGGUCAUCCAAUAAGGGAAGGUAAUUAAAAUUUUCUUUAUGGUCAAGGGCUAAAUUAUAACAUAUGUGAAAGUUCGGAAACUAAAAUAUUUAUGUGGAAAGUAUGAGGAUCAAGUCGCAAUAUCGGGAUAGUACAGGGACUAACGAUUAUGUAAAAGCACGACUAACGGUUAUGUAAAAGCACGCUGGAGAAAGAACUAGAAUGUCUGAGGUUGCUGUUGACUCCCAAUUUAUCUGCCGAAUUCUCGAGAAGGAAAAUUUUGACCUGCUGCCGAAUGUGAACUACAACAUGUUUAUCUCUGUGCGCAUCAAAUGUGAUUUUGUGUUGCUGUGGAAAAUAUUUAUAUGAUCAUGUUAUAUGUGUCUCGAAAUUCUGAGAGGUUUGAUUGUUUCUUUAAGAAAUAUUAAUGCGAUUGCAUAAAAUGCUAUGUUCUCCA